CAGAAAAUAUACAAUUUCAAAUUUAAAGAAAAUGACAUGGGAGAAAGAAAUUUACAAGAAACUCCAACGUUGGACCCCCGAUUAACACGCAUAUUAUCGGAUCUUGAGUCAGCAUAGCGUUCAUACGAACUACGCGGUCGUCGCCAAACUCGGCGUCGCAUUGUACGGUCGAGUGAAAGCAGCAGCUGAAUCUGAUUACCCGCCGCCAACCGCCAGUAAUUUGCUGGGCCGCCAAUUUUAUGCGGUCAUGGGGUGCUGCAUCUGCUCCGGUUUCUGGGCCUGCUUGGAUAAGCUGAAAGCCGGCGGACGGUCCGCCGCAGCUGGAGUCGACGACGCCGAGGACAGAAUUGAGUCCUUCGAUCUCUUCUUCGACCUCCACGCGCUGCAAAUCGCCACCAGCUUCUUCUCCGACCUCAACAAACUCGGGCACGGAGGCUUUGGCCCCGUUUACAAGGGUUUGAUGCCAAAUGGUCAAGAAAUAGCUGUAAAGAAGCUGUCUUUAGAUUCAAGGCAGGGAGCUAGAGAAUUCACCAACGAGGUGAAACUGUUACUGAGAGUUCAGCACAAGAAUUUGGUCAUGUUAUUGGGGUGUUGUGUAGAAGGGCCUGAGAAGAUGCUGGUUUACGAGUAUCUCUCAAACAAAAGCCUCGAUUACUUUCUUUUCGAUAAACAGAAAUCUGGAAGUUUGGAUUGGACAACAAGGUUUCGGGUGAUUAUGGGAGUGGCAAGAGGUCUUCUUUACCUUCAUGAAGAGGCCCCGGAAAGGAUCAUUCAUAGGGACAUCAAAGCUAGUAAUAUAUUACUAGAUGAGAAGCUCAAUCCGAAAAUCUCGGAUUUUGGAUUGGCAAGACUCUUUCCUGGGGAGGACACUCAUCUCAAUACAUUUCGGAUUUCUGGUACUCAUGGUUAUAUGGCCCCUGAAUAUGCAAUGCAUGGAUAUUUAUCGGUGAAGACAGAUGUUUUCAGUUACGGAGUCUUGGUGUUAGAGAUUGUGAGCGGGAGAAAGAAUCACGAUGGGCAGCUCGAAAGAGAAAAAGCCGAUCUCUUGAGCUAUACAUGGAUGCUGCAUCAAAGAGGGAAGGUAUUGGACUUAGUUGACCCAACCCUAGCCAGGUGCAAUCCCGAUGAGGCAGCAAUGUGCAUUCAGAUAGGACUUUUAUGCUGUCAAGCAAGCGUUGCAGAACGGCCAGACAUGAACUCCAUCCAUCUCAUGUUUUCGAGCGAUUCAUUUACUUUGCCGAGGCCAGGUAAACCUGGACUUCAGGGCCGUGGAGGACGUUGGACGACCACUUCUACUUCCGCUUUUACCAACAAUACUAAUGCCAGUAGCGGAUACACAGGUGCCACCAAGGCCUCCGGCGGGAGCAGUUUUAUUGAGGAAUAUUCUAGAAAUUCGAUGUCUCAUUCUUCUAUGGACGAAGGUAGAUGAUUAGUCAUAACCUCCAUUUGUAAUUCAAUUGUGUUGUGAGCUUUAUGUGAUGUAAAGUAAUUAAUGUAAUCAUGAAUCUCAAUCUAACGUGAUAUAAUUUGUUUUAUUCUUUGAU